AUGCGAAACCUGGUCUCUCUGAACAAGGGCAGCUUACAGCCGUCAUCUGAGGCGCACCCGAACCUGGGGCUGUAUGCGAGCUGCUUCGACACGCUGUCGGACAGCGUCACAUGCGUGCUCGGUGCGGCGGACGUCGGCGCGAUAGUGGUGCACCAGUAUAUGAAAAGCGGCGCUGUGCGUGAGCUGGCGUCGUUCUUCACGCAGGACUACGAGGAUGAGCUGGUUUCGUUUGCACACUUUGCGGACGUGAACCAGCUGGUUUUCGUGUUUGCGCACGGCGACAUAAUGAUGGCUACGUACGGCGAUGAGGGGGCAGGGCUGGAUGCGACGGUGGUCGAGAUUGUCGGGUCGAUCGAGGACGGGAUUGCAGCCGCAGAGUGGUCCCAUGACGAGGAGACGCUUGCGCUGGUGACGGGCGGGCGCUCAGUGGUGCUGCUGAGCCGGCAGUUUGAGCCUGUCGCGGACAUCGGCCUAGAGCUGGACGACCUGAAGCUGUCGAAGAAUGUGACAGUGGGCUGGGGGAAAAAGGAGACGCAGUUCCGGGGAAAGGGUGCGCGUGCAAUGGAGCGCGAGGCACUGCAGUCGCUAAAGGCGUCCGGGCUGGUGGGCAAUGAGCUCCGUGAUCCGACGAUGCCGUAUAUGGUGGACUCGGGAGCGAUUACAGAGCUUGAUCCGCGCACGGUGGGCAUUUCCUGGAGAGGGGACUGUGAGUACUUUGUUGUCUCGACCAUAGAAACGGUGCAGGACCCGGACGAUGACUCUGCGACGCUUGAAAGAAGGGCUCUGCGCGUGUACUCUCGGCACGGAAAGCUGGACAGUGCGUCGGAACCUGUCGAUGGCCUGGAACAUGCCCUCGCAUGGCGUCCACAGGGCUCGCUCAUUGCAUCUAUCCAACGCAAGGUAAACGUACCUGGAAACGAGUCGUUAGAUUUGGUCUUUUUCGAACGUAACGGGUUGAGGCACGGGGAGUUUGAAACACGCCUCGCCAUUGACGAACGUAUUAAGUCCCUCGCAUGGAAUGCUAGCUCGGAUAUCUUGUCUAUUGCCCUUGAAGAUCGUAUACAACUUUGGACUUCCAAAAACUACCACUGGUACCUGAAGCAGGAGCUUUACACAGAAUGCACCAAGUUCGUGAAAUGGCACCCAGAAAAGGAUUUCACACUGAUGUACGGCGAUGGAGACACAGUAAACGUUGUAGAUUUUGCAUAUAAGAUGAUCCGCGGGCCCACCUUUGAACCAAAUGACUGCGGUAUGACUGUGGUUAUCGAUGGGCGCACUGUUAAUAUUACUCCAUUUGCGAUGGCAAAUGUCCCACCUCCGCUCUCCUACAGGGAUUUUGACGCGCCUGAUAAUGUUCUGGAUGCUGCUGUGGGCCUUUCCAACACUGUCUUUGCUGCUGUCACCAGGGAAGCGCUAGUAGUCGCCUCCAUUGAAUCUUUGGCUAACAUGAAGAGCGGCAGACAUCCAAUUAUUGCGUCAACCUUUCAAAAGCACUUGUUUGCUACAGAACUGGAUACCAUUCGUCAGGUUGCAUUCAUUAACGACUCAGUCGUGGGGAUUCUUUUAGACUCUGGACAGUUAUCGAGGAUUGCCUUGGUCAAUAUACAAGAUCCCAUACAACCGGAGCUUAUCAAGGUCGUUGACACAUAUACCAAGGUUGUGUUGGUGAAGAGCUCGUUUGAUUAUUCCACUUUAGUAUAUGAAACGAGGGAUGGAACCGUUGUUCAAUUAGAUGCCGAGGGUGGAACAGUGGAAAUAACCAAGUUCCCACAGCUGGUCAAUGACUUCUGCGUGAAGCGAAUUUUAACUGAUGGCAAGACAGAAUGGCAGCCAGCAGAAUCGAAACUAGUCGCCUUUGGAUUGACCAGUAGUGGCAAACUGUAUGCAGACAGCGUCCAAUUGGCGAGUGCAGUUAUAUCUAUGGAUAUCACUGAUGAAUUACUUUUGUUCACCUCUGCACAGCAUUAUCUUCAAUUUGUGCACCUGAAUACUCCAGAAUUCAAGCCACUACCGACUCUAGAAGGUGAUAUUAUGGAUGAAAGAAUCCGCUCUAUCGAGCGGGGUUCAAUUUUGAUCAAUAUUAUUCCUUCGAAGGCAGCUGUGGUUUUGCAGGCCCCCAGAGGAAACGUUGAAACUAUAUACCCAAGAAUUAUGGUGCUCGCGGAAGUCCGCAAGUAUAUUGGUUUGAAGAGGUACAAAGAUGCAUUUGUUAUAUGCCGGACGCAUAGGAUACACUUGGAUAUCUUACAUGAUUAUGCGCCAGAUCUUUUCUAUGCCAACCUAAAGACAUUUGUGGAUGAUAUUGAAAGAGUUGACUAUCUUGAUCUGUUCAUAUCUUGUUUGGUUGAGGAAGAUGUAACAGUCACAAAAUACAAGGAAACGUUAAACAUGUCUACUGACGCUGUAUUUGAUGUUGCUCCACCUCCUCCAACUGAGAUGGAAGAAUAUAUUAAGAAAAAGUCUUUCAACCCAUUGAAGUCAAAGGUCAACAAGAUAUGUCAGGUUCUGUUGGAGGUUCUUUUGGGCACAGCUCAAUACAAAGCCAAAUACUUGCAGACUAUUGUCACAUGUUAUGCCUGCCAGAAUCCUCCGAAAGUGAAGGAUGCCUUAGCUCUAAUUUCUCAGUUGCGAGACGAAGAAGCGAAAGACUCUACUGUCACUUAUCUGUGUUUCCUACAGGAUGUGCUGUUUGUUUACAAGGAGGCUCUGGCAUUAUACGAUGUGAAUAUGGCUUUGCUGGUUGCUCAAAAAUCGCAAAUGGACCCUAGGGAAUACCUACCCUUCCUGCAGAAUCUCAACGAACAGGAACCACUUCGUCGGAAGUUCAUGAUCGAUGACCAUUUGAAAAACUAUGAAAUGGCUCUGACCCAUCUUGUCGGUAUUGACGAACCGACAGGAGCAGUAUCCGACGAAACCAGGGAAUAUAUCCAGCAGCAUGAAUUGUACAAAAAAGCUCUUGAUCUCUACCGUUACAACACUCAGUUGCAAAACUCCGUAUACGCGAUAUACGGCGCUCAUUUGGCUUCGAAGCAGGAAUAUAACGAAGCAGGUAUAAUCUAUGAGUUGCUUGGUAACUGGGAGAAAGCUAUGGAAGUAUUCACUAUGGGUAACAAGUGGUCACCUGCAUUAGCCAUUGCUUCGCAACAUUUCCCUGAUAGAGUUCUCGACAUAGCUACCGAAUUGGUGGAUUCCCUGCAGUAUGAGCAUAGGUAUGCGGAAGCCGCCCACGUUGAGCUCAAGUUUAUGAAAAAUGUGCGCUCUGCAGUUUCGCUAUACUGCAAAGCGUAUGACUACGAGCAAGGUAUCCUACUCUGUAUCACAGAAGGAACUCCCGAACUGAUCAAUGAGCUAGUCGAUCCGGCUCUCGGUGAUGGGUUUAGUGUCCUUGCCGAACUCCUUGCCGACUGCAAGGGCCAGAUAAACUCUCAGCUCAGAAGGCUCCGCGAACUACGCGCAAAGAAGGAAGAGGAUCCCUAUGCAUUCUACGGCCAGGAGACUGAGGAGGCCGAUGAUGUUUCUAUUGCUGCAUCGGAAACCUCAACCAAGGAGUCGUUCUUCACUAGAUAUACGGGCAAGACAGGGGGAACUGCUAAGACGGGUGCUUCCAGAAGGACUGCAAAGAACAAACGUAGGGAAGAACGGAAACGUGCGCGUGGUAAAAAAGGAACGAUUUACGAGGAGGAGUACCUUGUUAAAUCGAUUGGGAGAUUGAUAGACAGACUAAAGCAAACCCUACCUGAUGGCGUUAAGCUAGUCGACGCUUUGCUCCGGCGCAAUAUGCGCGAACAAGCGUACCAGGUUCAAAAGGGCUUUGUUUCCAUGGAAGCGCUGCUCAAGGCCAACAUUGUUGAAAUAUACAACAUCAGCGAGAAAGACCGUGAAAGAAUAGACGAUAAUGGCAACGUAUACCAACUGCCUGUAAUCCCAGUUCCGGAAAUACCCGCAUUCCCUGUGCGCCAGAUAAUCGAUUACUAG